GCUCCACUUGCGCGGAGCACCUCCCACCGCCAGGUGUAAACUCGGACCCAGUGCGGCGCAGAGCGGCUGUCCGCGCAGUCCCUGCUGGGUCGGGGGACGUCUGGGGACGGUGACGAGCCCGUGCGGUGUGUCGGGUGGGAGGAGUUAGUGAACCCUGGGAAGUUCGGAAAUGUUCCGACCACUGGAGGCAGCAGGAGUGGGACGGGGACGGAAACUCGGGCAGGACGCCUGGAGGCCGUGCGCUCCGGAGAAAGCCAGUCCUUCAGUGCGACGCCCAGGUGAGUCGGCCGGCGGCGCGGACCUUCCAAGACCCGUCUCCCGGGUCUAGUUGCUGUAGUACUUGUAAAUUUGAGAUCACACCCUUAGGAUGGCGGGUUGAACAGCAUCCUCCAAAAGUUCAUGUCCACCCAGAACCUCAGCAUGUGAGCCUUCUUGAGAAGCUCGUUUUUGCAGAUUUAAUCAAGUCAAGAUAGGUCGCACUGGAUGGAUCCAAUGACUGCUGUCCUCACGGGAAGAGGGCAGUUUGGACACAGACACGCAGGCAGAGUACCAGGAAGACACUCAUGUGACUACCGCGGCAGGGAUUGGCCUCACACCAAGGAACGCCAAGGAUCGCUGGCCAGCUGCAGAAGUUAGGGGAGAGGUACGCAACACCCCCGCCCUCAGCCCUUAGGAAGGACUUCACCUGCCUUCACCUUGAUUUCAGACAGUAGAACUCUAGAACUGAGAAAUCAAGUUCCUGUAAUUUUUAAGCCACUCAAUUUGUGGUCAUUUGUAACAGCAUCUCUCGCAAGGUGUGCACAUGACACAUAUUCUAAAGGUCACUUUUUAACAAUUAGCUUGAAAACAGCUGAAAUGCGAAAGAUGAGUCCUGGCGGUGUGGCUCAGUGGAAACAUGAAAAAUACCAGCCUCUCACUGAGCUCAGGACUGAAGCCCUCUGAUGUUCCCUCUUGCUUUCGAUUUCAGUGGCACAGCUCUCCCCACGUUCCUCCAUUUCUCUGGCUCUCUUCUCUGUCACCUGCUUGGGUUUCUUUUUCUCUACGAGUCCCUUAAGUGCUGGUGUGUCCCAGGACUCCAUCCUUGACGUUCUUCUCUGAACGCGGUCUCCCAAAUGACCACACGCGUGGUCCUGAUUUCACAAUCACUUGUGUACUGAUGACCCUAGAAUCUUCCUUUCCAUUGCAAUUAUCUCAUCUGAACCCCAGACCAACUUUGUACAUCAAAGGCAGUAGGGCCAAGUACAAACUCAUCACUUUCCCCCAUCUGAUUCUCUUAUAUCAUGGGAACGACCCAACCUUUAAUAUGGACACCAAAUCGAAAAGCCUGGGAAUGAUCCUUGAUCCAUCCUCCAUCAUCCUUCAUCUUCCACGGGAAAGUCUCACGCAUGUAACUGUCAUAUCACAGGUAAAACUGAACACUUCCCGAAGGCAUUCACUUUCAUCUGUAGCCUUGGUUUCCUACCUAGAACCUCUCUCCUCCCGUCCUAACACAGCAGCAACUACUCUGUCCAUUACCGCGUACAAUCAGAAGAUGCUCAGUCACUCCAGGCUAAUGUGCAGGCUGACACCAAGGGCAGAGGCUGCUUCCAUGCUCCAGCCAUGCCAUCUGCCACACGUGGCUUCCAAGCGGCUACAGCAGCAGGAGAGAUGGCAGGAGGAUGACGUGGGUGGGUCUCAGGGCCAGGGCCUGUCACUGUCGCCCACACUGCAUUGUCUGGAACUCCGUCUCCUGGUCCUAACCGAACUGCAAGGGAGGCUGGGAAAUGGAAGCGCCCUGUGUGCCCAGAGAGGGGACACGAAUAGCCUGGAGGCAUGAGGGCAUCGUUUGGGGAAGGAAGGAAGUUCGUUGAUAAAUUAUGACAACCUUUUCAGUGGCAUGUCAUUCAGCUGUUGAAAAUCAGGUUUCAAAGAGUAUUUCACGACAGGAAAAUGCCAAUGAUAAGUGAAAAAGCAAGACACAGAAUCUUAUGUUUCUAAUUUCUGAAAAACACAACAUUCCUAUAUGUGUGUGCUCAUAAGGAAAUAAAAAUAUGUUAUUUGUGGUUAUCUCUAAAUGGUAGGGUUAUAAGUCAUUUUUAUAAUUUUGAAGAAUUAGCUAACUUUAUGCUUUUCAAAGAAAUAUGUCUAAUCUGACCAGCAAAUUCCUCAGAUCAUCUGAAACCAGAGCUGACACUUAAAAGUCCUCUGUAAGUUGUUACAGACUCUGAAUAUGAAGUUAUGCUAGGAAGGAUUUUUUUUCAAGCGGCACAAUGCCACUCUCUGCUUCAGCGCUUACUUUUUCUCAUGGCAUGGAUGCUCGACAUGUCCCCUGCUGCCAUGUUGUGGUCAAACCAUGCGUUAGAUCUAUUCCUCCUGGAGGAGGAGCCAAGUCUGAAAGCUGUCUUUGUCCAUGGCGUCCCAAUGAAAGGGACACAUUUGCUGGACAGAGCCAAUAAGCACAGCAGGUCCGCCUUUCCCAGAGGUUUCAACCUACAGCAGGCAGCACGAACGUAAGGACAGGCUCAGUCCCACAACGGGAGAGGAGAGCACUGCACACAGCGGACACGUCCUCAUGAGAAGACGUCCUCAUGAGAAGACAGCCUCGGUGCUUGUGGGAGAGAACUCGGGCCGGGCCAGGGCGCUUAGAUGGGCCAGGAGGAAAGGACUGCCCGGAAACCAUCUUUCUUUUAUACAGGGAGCCAUCUUUCUUUUAUACAUAUGGAUUAAAAUGCGUAUCACUUAUUAAUGUCCACAUUGGGCAGAGAGCACUGAUGGGACAGGAACAGACAGAAUGCAGGAGCUCAUUACAAACACUUGCUCCGUAUGUAUUUUUAAUCCAUCUUUUCAGUGACGUUGACAAGACUGAUCAUGUCCAAUGUUAACGAGGGCAGGGCUGCCCAGUUCAUUCUCAAGUGCUCCUGAUGCGAGUGUAAAUUAGUCAGACUUUAUAUCAGCGUGGAUGAAAAAGCGGCCACAUGCUAAACCUGACGGGCUCUGGGGAGGCCAGCGUGGUGGGCCCUACACUCUCGGAGACCGAACAUUAACCACAGGUGAUGGCUUGAACAUAAAAACUCCCUUCGGAAAGCUGGUCGUGGUGGGCGGUCACGUCCUAGGCCUGCAGCUUCCUUGACAAAGUCUCUCUCUACCGUGGGCGAGCCUGUCUAUGGUCGUUUGCAUCUAAGAUAACACACCUAUGAAAUGUCAGAAUCAUCUUCUUUUCCAGAUC